AUGGAGACAGAGCUGGGCGAGGUGAGUGCGGGGGACCCACGGGCGCCCGUGACCCGCCGGGUGGGCGGCCUCCAGGCGCGGGGUCGUCCUGCCGAGGCCGGGAGCUCAGGGCCGCUUGGCACGAAAGAGCGGGCUGUCUGGUGCCGGAGACAGAGAAGGGCCCAGAAGGCUGUCCUCGAGGUGGUGACUGGAAAGGAGCGACAUCCCCUUGAGCUCCUCCACGGAAGUGGAGGAGACGUGCCCGGGGCCUGGGUCUUCGCACUGCCGAUCGUCGUCAGGGUGUGGACCUCCGCUCUCCGCGCGUGUGCGACGUGGCGGCUGCUGUGCCCGCGGCUGCAGCCGCCGCCUCCCCGCUCGCUCUGCCGCGCCGCUCAGCCUGGAGAGACGGUAGCGGCGGCCGCUCCGGAGACGCCCGAGAUCACCGUGGCUCCCAAGGCUCAGCCGCGGGAAGGGGCAACGGGAACCAACCGAGACCUUUCAGCCCGACGUCCCGGUCACCCCUCGCUUCGCCCCUGCACACGCCCACCCUCCCCGCCCUUUGCCCCCGGAGCUCGCUCUGCUGCCGCCGCCGCCGGUCCGUCCGCUGUGGAAAAGUGUGGACUUCCUGAAUUAUGCAGACGGUGUCACAUAAGGACUGCCCUACACUUAGCCUGCGCCAGCGGCCAGUCACCAGUGGUGGAUCUCCUUACACAGUGGUGGUGUGAUCUGAAUGCUCGUGACAAGGAAGGCAAGACAGCUCUCAUCAAGGCUGUACAAUGCCGGAAAGAAGUGUGUGUCACUAUCCUGCUGAAACGGGGUGCUGACCCAAAUCUUGCGGACGACUGUCAGAACACUGCUCUGCAUUACGCCGUCUUGGCUGGAAAUACAUCAAUUGCAGCAGAGCUGCUCCGCUAUGAUGCAAAUAUUGAGGCGAUAAACAAGUAUAACUUGACACCAUUUUUACUCGCCGUCAGGAAGAACAAAGAAGAAAUGGUCAAAUUUUUGAUAGCGAACGGGGCAAAUGUACAUGCAGUCGACAAGCUGCAAAGAUCAGCACUGAUGCUUGCUGUACGUCAUGACUCACCGGACGUAGUCAAGCUGCUUCUUCAGAGACGUGUUAAUGCCGAUCUGCUAGAUGUACACGGACAGUCUGCUGAACGAUAUGCGUGUUCUAAUGGUUUUAAACACCUUUACCAGCUGAUUGUCGACUACAGAGACGGAAAGAUUCCAGAUACUCCCCCUCAAAAUAGCGACCCAGGACAGAGUUCUGCUAAGGAGAGUUUACCUUCUUCGCAUGCUGGGGCAGAAAAUAUCCAAGAAAAGUUGCAAUUGCCCAGCAAGGACAAUGAAGAAGAAGUGGUUGUCGAUUUGGGAACCAGCAAUGGCAGCUGCAUGGAUUCAGUGAAGAAUGUUGAGCAGAAGAAGAGUUUAGUGAUUAAGGUUGCACCGAGGUUUGAAGACAUCUCUGUAAGCCGUAUUUCACCCAAACAUGAUGCUGAUGAUUCACGGCCUCCAUCAGAUGAUGACUUAGAUCUUGCUCCCAAGAAAGUCCGGCAUCCAAGAUUCGCAAAGCUAAUUCAGGCCUGGGGAGAACCCGUGAUAAACACAGAGGCAAAAGAUGGUGUUUUGAAACCAGGAACUAGCACCUUCUUUGAGGACAAUAAUUCUAAUAAUGAAAAUGAAGAUCCAGUUAGAACCUUUUCCCCACCAUCAAGUGAAGUUUCAGACUUCUCUCAUCCUGCCUCCCCAGCACCAGAACCUCUCACGUCUUCAGCAGUCCUUGGUGUUACAGAGGAAGAAGCAACAAAGCCGAAAACUGGGGGGAAAGAGAAUGGCACUCGGACUAUUAACAGUGUUCUAAAGGAGCAAGCAGAUCAUAGCAAAUUGAUUCGUGUUGAUGGAGCACACAAAGGUGACAGAGGUGAUGCAACUUCAGCAUUAGGAUUAGAAGAAAAGGAAGAUGUCGAAUCACCCUUGGAUUCUGAGAGUAUCUCCGAGAUUGAACUACCGAACUGUAUCGAUCAUUUAUCUGGAGCUGCAGGUCUAGGAGAAAAAAAUACAUUAAAUGGACAAAUAGAAAAUUCUACUGAAAAAUAUCCUCACUUGAAGCCUGCAGUUGGAGUGAAAGAUUCUGUUCCUAAGAAAACAGGAGAAAUGAAGAAUUUACAAACAUUCAAAUCAGGUUCUUCAGACUGGGUUUCUACUAGUUUGAGCCUCAAUAAUGAGGCUGGUCAAAGAGCCGAGCAUUUGAAAGUUGAUAAAUGUCCGUUGGUAUCACGAUCAGUGACCGCAAACCAGUCAGCACCCACAGAACUGAGGCAGACGGCCCUGGUAGAUAAAGACCGGAUGAAUAUUGGAGCUGUGUCUGUGUCAGAACAUGCAGCGCUCCGUGGCCUGUGUGAGUCACAGCUGCCAGAGAACAGAAGCCGCAAAGAAGCAGACCUAGACUUACAAAGGGCAUCUGAGGAAGAGCAAGAAAGACUUGAUGCGAGUGAAAAUAACCACUCACAGAAAAUGCCUAGAGAACCAGAAAUGAAUAAGGAACAUGACAGAAAGGACAUACCUGUGUCUUCAAAACGUUCUUGUGUGGAGAAGCAUGAGGACAUGUGGGUCAAACAAGGCAAAUUCGACUGGAAAAAUAAUUCAGAACUUAUCACAAAGAAGUCAAAUCAGAAAAUCAGUAAAAUCCAUGAAAAAGGCAAAAUUACUUUUCAUCGUAAGGUAGUGUCACUACAUGACAACUGUGAACUACGUGGUGACUUAAAGGAACUACCUUCCAACGUGAUAGAUAAUAUAUUUGAUUUUGAGGAAGUAGAUGCACCUGGAGCCUCUGUCUCUAUAGGAUUCCAGGCAGUCUCUGAACACAAAGAGCCCAGUCUUGAAAAUGUUUUUCCAUUUUAUUCCAAGUCUGAGUCAAGAAAGUAUGGUUGCCAGUCAUCUUCAAAACUUUAUUUAAAUGAAAAUAAGUUGGAUGAAAAUGGUAAGCCAGACACUGAACACGUUUUUAACAAAACUGAGGAGAGUUUUUGUAAUGAUAGAGAAAAUGAAGUACGGAACCGAGUUCCAUUUAAAGUGAAAGAAGACCAAGAAUUUGCUACGAAAAGAAAACCGAAAAGGAACCAAAAUACUCACUGGAAAUCAGACAUUGGACAUGCACCUCAGGUUGAAGUAGAAGAGAAGAGGAACAAAAGUGAACUGAAAGGGUCAGAAACCAUGUGUGGUGGCAGUUACCAUGAAGGAUUAACUCGGCAGAGGAAGAGGGGAAAAAGUGAUGACCGGCAGUUUCCUGCUCUGCAGAAAGGAGAUUCUGAUAGUAGCUGUCCUGGCUUGCAUAUGAAGGAAGUAAAGAAGAAUGAAAGUGGAAAACGGACAUUAAAAGCAUCUGUGACUUCACAUGUAUUGGAGAAGACUGCCUCACUGGCUGGUGGUCUCCUACGCAUGAAUGAGAACAGCAGCUUAAGUGAAGGAGGUCAAGGUUGUGGCAGGUCUUCAAAGAAAAUGUCUACUAAAAAGGACAAGGUCAAAGAGCAGAUUAAUUCUGUGGACGACCUCGAUGACUUAACUCUGUCACCGGAAACAGCUUCUGAGGAUCGCAAGUCGCUUUACCCUAAUUGUAAGAAUACCCUGAGGCUAAUCGAAGAACUUGGCCCGGACAGUAAAGAUUCUGAUAGGUUAUUGAAAAUUCCGGAUCCAGUUCAUUCAUUCAGAUCAAUAGAACUGAAAGAAUGUGACUCUGCACUACUUAGAGGAAAAAUUAAAGAAAUGGAAAAUAAGGUGAACUGGCUACAAACAGAGCUGUUGAAAACAAGAGAAGAAACAUCACAGUUAAAGCUUCAAAAUGUGGAGUGGGAACGAGAGCUCUGCAGCAUGAGAUUCACAUUAGAACAAGAAACAAAGAAGAAGAGAAAUGCUUAUAUAUUAUAUGAAAAAACAAAGGAUGACUUGAAAAGAAAAGAGAAACAAUACAAUGAGCAAGUUUACCUGAAACAACAACUUGAAAUCACUGCCCGAGCACUAGAAUGCAAAGUGAAGAGCAUAUGGAAUAAAGCAAAUCAGGUUUUAGAAGAGCAAAAUGACACUCAGAGACAACUUUCUCGAGAGCAGAAUGCCAGAGUAAUACAAGAUGAAAUCCUGGCCCAUCAUCUUUCCCAACAAAAGGAGGCAGAAAAGGCUAAUAAGAAAAUGAAUGCUGAGGACACAAUGGAUUUUGAGCUGUCUGACCCAGAAGAUAACAGCGAGGUGCUUCCUCAGCAACUUCCUGAAGCUGGAAGUCAAUUCCGUGGCCAAGAAAUUGAGCUCCAUCCCAGGAGAUAUGCUUUUAGACCAACGACGUUGGUAUUAGAAUGUGUGCAUAGAGACCGAGGCCAAGCCCAGUGUUCAAAGAAGGAAACUGAAUCGUUGUCUCAGAGAAAACAAGGGAAAGUCAACAAAUACAUUGUAAAGCAGGCAUUCUUGGAGGAGAGAGUAUGUGAACUAGAAAGUGAAAACAUGUUGCUUCGACAGCAACUGGAAGUUGCUCAAAAUAAGGCCAAAAGCAAAAAGACAAUACUUAAUAUCCCAGAGCCGUUUCUGGAUCACAUGGGAAAACUUGAAGCCAUGAGCAAACGAGUUCUGAUGCUGGAGGAAGGAAACAGGGAAUUAGUCAAUGAAUACAAAUGUUUAAAGGACAGACUGUAUCAGCAUGUAACUGACAGAGCAGAAAUGAAAGCCUGUGUGAGACAGCUUCAACAAGAGCUGACUGACACCCAAAAGAAAGUGUCCAUGUUGGAAGCUUCCCUGGAGGUGACAGCACAUCAUCAGACUAAUUCAGAAAAUGAGAGACAGGAUUCAGAGAGGAAAUCACAUCAAGCUGCGAGCCCAAAUGCUGAUCCUCCAACAAAAGUGGAAUCUACAUCUUCAGUACUUCUCCAUCUGAGUGCAGAAACUCAACUUUUUCUAAAGGAGUUAUUAUCUAUGAAAGAAUUGUAAAAGAAAUGUGACACACUAGAGGAGAAGAAGAAGUUGGAAGAAGAAGUAGUAAACCUCAGACGUCACCUAGAAAUGAACACAGUGGAACGCAGUCCAGUAGAGCAGUACAAACGGGAGACUGAAGAGCGAGCAAGACGGGAUGUAGCAGAAAAAUGGAAAGAACUCAGUCAAGUCGUGCAGUACAACCGGGAGACUGAAGCGAGAGCAAGACAGGAUGUAGCAGAAAAAUUGAAAGAAAUCAGCCAGUUUGUACAGGCACAAGCAGCACCUCAAGAAAAGUCAUUAAGAGAGUAUAAAUGUGCUUCAGUAAGUCAAAUGGAAUACAAAGUUAAAGAUCUGGAAACUGAACUGAAAAGUUUUACUUUUCUAAUGAAAAAGAAUUGGAAAAAUACAGACAACUGUACCUGGAAGAGCUAGAAAAUAGAAUGUCAUUGGCAAGUCAACUAAACUCGGCUAAUGAGAGGCUGGCAGAGAUGAACACUAAACUGCAGCUGGAGAAACAGCACAAGAGUUCUUUCCUCGGCUUUGUUCCUGCAAGGCCUGUUGAUGGACCGCCUUCUGCUGAAAGUUCUACUACUAGCGUAGAGCCCAAAAGGAAUGUUACUCGAAGAAGGAACUUCAGGAAUUUUUCAGACCCUUCAACUAGCACGGGCGGUCACUUGUUCACGAUUAGUUAUAUUAUCUUUUUUCCCUUGGGUUUCAGAUUUCUGAUAUAAUUCUUGUUUUUAAUUUGAUGAAAUUCUGAGUUGUUUAUUUGACUUCUGCACACUAAGUAAAAGCCAUAAUUAAUUGUGCUAAUAAAGAAAGGAGACAGAAACUUUAUAAUUUUUUAAAGUCCCUGGACUUGUAAUUUUCAAGAUACCUGUCAUUAACUUUAUUCAAUCAAUGCAAUUAAACUGACAAAUUUUAAAUUUCUUCAAAAGCUCCAUUUUAAAUUCUAUUUUAGAAAUUAAGUAUUAUUGCCUAAUAACUAGAGAUACACUUUCCAAUGUUUGGCUUAGUUUCUGAUUGAUUUCGGCUUGGCAUUGGUUCACAGUAAUUUUCAAGUUUGCCUGCACCCCAGUUUUUCUGCCCCUAAGCAUAAGUAAAUGAUUGGCAUCGAGAUACUUAACCACAUACAGGUGUUUUUUAUUUAAAGGAAUCCAAGAUAAAUUCUUUUUAUGAAUUCAAUAAACUUGUAACACUAAAAACAUUAA